CGUCUCAGCCGGGCACUCCGGAGGUGACGGCGGUGGCCAAAGAGCACGUGGUCAUCGAGUGGCUGAAGCCCGAGACGGACGGAGGCAGCGAGAUCAAGACGUACCUGGUGGACAAGCGAGAGAAGAGCAGCACCAGGUGGACCCGGGUCAACAAGAACUACACGAUCUACGACACCCGUCUGAAGAUCGCCGGGCUGCUGGAGGGCAGCGAGUACCAGUUCAGGGUGACGGCCGUCAACGCUGCUGGAGACAGCACGCCGAGCGACGCCUCGCCCUACAUCCUCUGCAAAGACCCCACAUACACCCCGGCUACUCCCUCCAUGCCUCGCAUCACGGACACCACGAAGCACAGCAUCAGCAUGAAGUGGACGCGCCCGAUGUACGACGGCGGCAGCGACGUCUGCGGCUACGUGGUGGAGAUCCUGGAGGAAGGGACGGAGCAGUGGUACCGCGCCACCGCCAAGGCCCUGAAGACCAAUGAGUACGUGGCCGCCGGACUCGCCUCCAACAAGAGGUACCGCUUCAGAGUCGCCGCCAUCAACAGCAAGGGAACCGGAGAGUUCAGCGAGCCCAGCGCCGAGGUGGAGCCGCUGGAGAGGAUCGAGAUCCCAGACCUGGAGCUGUCGGACGACCUGAAGAAGACGGUGUGUCUGCGUGCCGGUGGGACGCUGCGCCUGGUGGUGUUCGUCAGCGGCCGCCCCGCCCCGGUGAUUUCCUGGAGGAAGACGGGGGUUGAGCUGCAGAGCCGUGGACACAUCGAGAACACGGAAAGCUACACCGCCCUGACGGUGGAGAAGGUCAGCCGCUACGACUCCGGGAAAUACAUCGUGGAGGCGGAGAACCCGUCGGGAAAGAAGAGCGUCGUGGUGCUCGUCAAAGUCUACGACACGCCCGGCCCCCCCACCUCUGUGAACGUGAAGGACUACACCAAGGAGUCAGUGGUGAUCACCUGGGACGUUCCCAGCAUGGACGGCGGCGCCCACGUCAGCAACUACAUCGUGGAGAAGCGCGAGGCCAGCAUGAAGUCUUACAAGACGGUGACCACGGAGUGCAGGAAAACGCUGCUCCGCAUCACCGGGGUGGAGGAGGGCGUGCACUACUUCUUCAGAGUGCUGCCGGAGAACAUCUACGGCGUGGGCGAGGCCUGCGAGACCCUGGAGGCGGUGCUGGUGUGCGAGGUGCCGUCGGUGCCGCUCGACCUGCAGCUGGUGGACGUCAACAAGUCGUCGGCCACGCUGCGCUGGGAGCGGCCGCUGCGCGACGGAGGAAGCCGCAUCAACGGCUUCUCCAUCGAGGCGUGCAAGGUGGGGUCGGAGAGGUGGACCGCGGUGGCCUCCGUGAAGGCGUCGGCGUCUCAGCACACCGUCACCGCGCUCACCGAGAACGACCAGUACCUGUUCAGGGUCAGAGCCACUAACAGCAGGGGGGCCAGCGAGCCCAUGGACACCGUCACCCCCGUCACCAUCCAGGACAUCAAGGUGAUGCCAAAGAUCGACAUGACCAGCAUCCCGCAGAAGAUCGUGUACGUUCACCGGGGGAAACCCAUCGAGCUGAACCUGCCCGUGGUGGCCCAGCCGCUGCCCGUCUGCUCCUGGUCCUUCUCCGGAGAGAAGCUGAAGGACAGCCUCGACCGCAUCAAGAUCGACGGCAGCCGGCUGACGGUGCGCGACACGACCAUCAACGACACCGGGGACUACGCCCUGGAGGUGAAGAACGCCCUGGGCAAAGCCAGAGAGGUCAUCAAGGUCAUCAUCCUCGAUAAGCCCGGCGUCCCGGUGGGCCCGGUCCGGAUCGAGGACGUGGACGGGCUGUCGGUGACGACCAGCUGGGAUCCUCCGGAGAAAGACGGUGGAGCCAACGUGACGGGCUACGUGGUGGAGCAGCGCGACGCCCACCGGCCCGGCUGGUUCACCGUGUCCGAGUCCGUGACCCGGCCCUGCUACAAGUUCUCCCGCCUCUCCGAGGGAACCGAGUACGUGUUCCGCGUCGCCGCCAUGAACCGCUUCGGAGUCGGAAGGUUCCUGCAGUCGGAGGUGGUCGAGAACAAGAGCCCCAAGACGAUCCCCGGCGCCCCCAGCCAGCCGGAGGUCCUGGAUGUGACCCACGAGGGCAUGACGCUCACGUGGUUCGCCCCCGAGGACAACGGCGGCUCCACCAUCGCCGGAUACAUCAUCGAGCGUAAGGAGGCGCAGUCGGAGCGCUGGAUGAAGAUCAGCAAGAACCCGGUCACCAUGACCCGGUUCCGCUCCUCCGGGCUCACCGAGGGCCAGGAGUACGAGCACCGCGUCACCGCCAUCAACUCCCGGGGCGAGGGGAAGCCCAGCGAGGCCUCCGAGAUCACCGUGGCCAUGGACCCCAUCGACCCCCCUGGAGCUCCUCUCCGCCCCACCGUCACAGACACCACCCGCUCCUCGGUGUCUCUGGCCUGGCAGCCGCCGGAGGAGGAGGGCGGUGCCGCCGUCACCGGGUACUUCAUCGAGAUGCAGAAGGUGGACCAGGUGGAGUGGACCCUGUGCAACACCACCCCCACCAAGAUCUGCGAGUACACCCUCACUCACAUGCCUCAGAGCGCCGAGUACAAGUUCAGAGUCAUCGCCUGCAACCCUGGAGGAACCGGGGAGGCAGCCGAGGUGCCGGGGGUGGUGAAGGUCCAGGAGAUGCUGGGCUACCCCGACUACGAGCUGGAUGCUAAGUACGAGGAGGGCUACGUGGUGCGGCAGGGCGGCGUCAUCCGCCUGUCCGUGCCCAUCAGAGGGAAACCCAUCCCGUCCUGCAAGUGGACGAAGGACGGCCGCGACAUCGCCCACCGCGCCAUGAUCGUCUCCAACGACGACGUCACCGAGCUGGUGAUCAAAGAGGCGCACAAAGACGACACGGGCUCCUACGACCUGGUGCUGGAGAACAAGUGCGGCAAGAAGGCCGUCUACAUCAAGGUGAAGGUGAUUGGCCGCCCCGAUGUUCCUGAAGGUCCUCUGGAGUACGACGACAUCCAGGUGCGCUCAGUGCGCGUCAGCUGGAGGCCGCCUUCAGACGACGGAGGAUCCGACAUCCUGGGCUACGUGGUGGAGAGGAGGGAGGUGCCGAAGGCCGCCUGGUGCACCGUGGACUCCCGGGUCACCGAGACCUCUCUGGUGGUGAAGGGUCUGAAGGAGAACGUGCAGUACCACUUCAGGAUCUCUGCGGAGAACCAGUUCGGCAUCAGCAGGUGUCUGAAGUCCGAGGAGGCCGUCACGCCCAAAACACCUCUGUGCCCACCAGAGCCCCCCAGCAACCCCCCGGAGAUCAUGGAGGUCACCAAGACCACGGUGGCCCUGUCCUGGGCUCGGCCGAGGGACGACGGCGGCUCCAGAGUCACCGGCUACUACGUGGAGAGGAGGGAGGUGUCCACGGAGAAGUGGGUCCGCCACAACAAGACCCACAUCACCACCACCAUGUACAACGUCUCCGGACUCAUCCCCGACGCAGAGUACAUGUUCAGGGUGGUCGCGCAGAACGACAUCGGCAAGAGCGAGGCCGGACCCCCCUCGGAGUCCGUGGUCUGCAAGGAUCCAUUCGACAAACCCAGCCAGCCCGGUGAGAUCGACAUCAUCUCCAUCACCAAAGACUGCAUCACCAUCCACUGGCAGCGGCCCGAGCUCGACGGAGGCAAAGAGAUCCUCGGCUACUGGAUCGAGUUCAGGGAGGCCGGAGAGAGCGCCUGGAAGAAAUGCACCAAGGAGCGCUCCAAGGACCGGCAGUUCACCAUGGGCGGCCUGAUGGAGGCCACCGAGUACGAGUUCAGGAUCUUCGCCGAGAACGAGACCGGACUCAGCCGACCCCGCCGCACACCCAUGGGCAUCAAGACCAAACUGAGCGUUGGUGAGGCUCCCGCUCUGAAGGAACUGAUGGAAGACGUCACCACGAAGCUCGGGGAAUCCGGCACUCUGACCUGCGCCAUCGUCGGCCGCCCGCUGCCCGAGAUCAGGUGGUACCGUUACGGCAGGGAGCUGAUCCAGAGCCGCAAGUACAAGAUGAGCUCGGACGGCAGGAACCACUCAAUUAGCGUCCUGACAGACGAGCAGGAGGACGAGGGCGUUUACACCUGCCGCGCCGUCAACGAGGCCGGCGAGGUCGAGACCAGCGGAAAGCUGCGCCUUCAAGCAGCGCCGCAGUUCCACCCCGGCUUCCCUCUGAAGGAGAAGUACUACGCCGGCGCAGGAACCAGCCUCCGCCUCCACGUGGUCUACAUCGGACGUCCCAUCCCUCAGAUCAUGUGGUUCUAUGACAAGAAGCCUCUGACCACAUCGGCGAGCGUGAUCAUUGAGAACACGGAGAGCUACACCCACCUGGUGGUGAGGAACGUGCAGAGGAAGACCAACGCCGGCCGCUACAAGGUGCAGCUCAGCAACGUGUACGGCACAGUCGACACGUCGCUGCGCGUGGAGAUCCAAGAUAAACCAUGCAUCCCUGAGGGCCCUCUGGUUGUUGAAGCCCUGCUGAAGAGCUCCAUGGUCAUCAGCUGGAAGGCUCCCAAGGACGACGGAGGCUCCAUGAUCACCAACUACAUCGUGGAGAAACGUGAGGCCAAGGAAGGUGAGGUGUGGAACCUGGUGUCCUCCUCCGUCUCUGGCACCACCUGCCGAGUCCCCAACCUGAUAGAAAACGCCGGAUACUACUUUAGAGUCUCUGCGCAGAACCAGUAUGGAGUCAGCGAGUCUCUGGAGAUCCAAUCUGUGGUCAUCGUCAAGAGUCCAUUUGAAAAACCUGGCAUCCCACAGCAGCCGUUCAUCAUGAGCUCCACCAACGACUCCUGCGUCGUCUGCUGGAAGCCUCCAAGCAGCGACGGCGGCGCUAAGGUCUCCAGCUACUACCUGGAGAAACGCGAGAAGAAACAGAAUAAGUGGAUAUCCGUCACCAGCAACAAGAUCCAGGAGACCAGCUUCGAGGUCAAGGCCUUGAUCGAGGGCUUCGAGUACGAGUUCCGUGUCAAGUGCGAGAACUUGGGCGGCGAGAGCGACUGGAGCGAGAUCUCAGCGCCAAUCACCCCCAAGUCCGAACAAUCCCCUCGCGCUCCCGCCUUCAGAGAGGAGAUCCGGGACAUGACAGCCAAAUACAAGGCCAAUGCCACAUUCGUCACCAAGGUGGUGGGACAUCCCAAGCCUCUGGUGAAAUGGUAUCGCAGUGGAAAGGAGAUCGAGGCUGAUGGAACAAAAAUUAAAGCCCAGGAGUUCAAGGGAGGCUACUUCCAACUGGUGAUCAUUGCCGCUGAUGAGUGCGACGCCACCGUUUACCAAGUCAGAGCAACCAACUCCUCUGGCUCCAUCUCUACCACCGCAAACCUGGAGGUGGAAGUUCCUGCCAAGAUCCACCUUCCCAAGGAGCUCCAGGGAAUGGGUGCAGUCAAUGCUGCCCGUGGUGAUAAUGUCACCAUCAAGAUCCCCAUCUCUGGCAAACCUGAGCCAGCAAUCAUUUGGCAGAAGGGUCAGGAGAUCCUGUCCAACUCUCCAUAUCACCAAGUCAUCACCACCAGGUCCUUCACCUCGCUGGUGUUCCAGAAGGGAAUGGAGAGGAAGGAUACCGGCUACUACAUCCUGACCGCAAAGAACAGGUUCGGAACAGACAAGCAAACCAUUGAGGUGAACGUGGCCGACAUACCUGAACCACCAAAGGGACUGGUUGUCAGCGAAAUCUCUCGAGACUCCAUCACCUUGGCCUGGCAGCCACCUGCAAACGAUGGCGGAAGCGACAUCAUUGGGUACAUUGUGGAGAAGUGUCCCACAACCGCCGACAGGUGGAUCCGUGCCGGACAGACCACCGACUGCGGCAUCAACAUCAUUAACAUAUUCGGAAAGACCAAGUACCAGUUCAGAGUCAUCGCCGAGAACCAGUUUGGCCUGAGUGCUCCUUGCCAGCCAACAGAGCCCAUCACCACAAAGGAAGACAAGUCAGUGACUAGGAACUAUGAUGAGGAGGUGGACGAGACCAGAGAGGUCACCAAGGAGGAGGCUCUGGUCUACAAGGUGAAGGAGCUGACCUCCAAGUACGUAAUCUCUGAGGAACUUGCCCGCUGCCAGUUUGGAAUUGUCCACCGCUGCACGGAGAUCGCCACAAAGAAGACCUUCAUGGCCAAGUUCAUCAAGGUGAAGGGAACCGACCGUGAGUUGGUCCUCAGAGAAAUUGAAGCUCUCAACAUAGCAAGGCACAAGAACGUCAUCUACCUGCAUGAAUACUUUGAAAGCAUGGAGGAGAUCAUCCUCAUCUUUGAAUUUAUUUCUGGAGUUGACAUCUUUGAGCGCCUUGGCACCAGCAGCUUUGAGCUGACAGAGCAGGAGAUCGUCCGCUACCUGAGACAGGUCUGCUCUGCCCUCAAGUUCAUGCAUAGCAACAACUAUGCACACUUUGAUAUCCGCCCAGACAACAUCAUCUACACCACAAAGAGAAGCACCACCGUAAAGAUUAUUGAUAUGGGCCAGGCUAGGCUGCUGGUGCCUGGUGAAAACAUCAGAGCGCUGUUCUCAGCUCCGGAGUACUGCGCCCCUGAGAUCCACCGCCACGACCUGGUCACAACGGCCACUGAUAUGUGGUCUGUUGGUGUGAUGGCCUACGUUUUGCUCAGUGGCCUGAAUCCGUUUGCCGGAGAGUCCAUUACAAAGAUGAUCGAGAACAUCUCCAGCUGUGAGUACAUCUUUGAUAGCGAAGCAUUCAAGGACAUCAGUCUGGAGGCUAUGGACUUUGUGGACAGACUUCUAGUCAAAGACAGGAAGCUCCGUAUGACAGCCCACGAGGCUCUGGAACACCCAUGGCUCAAGAUGAAGAUUGAGAAUGUCAGCAACAAGGUCAUCAGGACAUUGAAGCACAGAAGGUACUAUCAGUCUCUUGUUAAGAGGACAGAUACCAUUGUAUCAUCAGCCCGUGUGGCCUAUGGUGGCGCUUUCAAGAACCAGAGAGGAUAUGCUGUUGGUAAAGUGAAGAUCGGAACCGAGUACCACGGCCUCCGCACGGGACCCGUCAUGCACGGCUCCUCUGAGGAAGGUGGCCAUAUCAGAUUCACUUGUAGCAUCGUAGACUACAACAAGAGCACUCAGGUGUCAUGGUUCUUUGGAAACCGCCAGCUCCAUGCAAGCAACAAGUAUGAAAUCACUUACAGCAACGGAUUUGCCAGCAUCUAUGUGAAGGACAUUGAAGAGAGUGAUAACGGAGUGUACAGGUGCAAGGUUGUGAGCGACGAUGGAGAGGACAGUUCUUACGGAGAGCUGUUUGUUGAAACAGUGAGGAGCAUCAGAGAGCAUUACAUCAGCCGCUCCAUAAAGAAACUGAGGAAGAGAGUGGACCAGGCUAAACUCCUGCAGAGACCACCAGAGUUCACUUUACCUCUCUACAAUCGCUCUGCCUACAUUGGCGAGGAUGUGCGUUUUGGUGUCACCAUCACCGUGCACCCUGAGCCUCAAGUGGCAUGGCUUAAAAACGGAGAGAGAAUCAAACCAGGCGAGGAUGACAGGAAGUACACGUUCACCAGUGAUAAGGGUCUGUACCAGCUGAUGAUCCACAAUGUGGAUGCAAGUGAUGAUGCAGAAUACACCGUCAUGGCCCACAACAAGUUUGGAGAAGACAGCUGCGUAGCCCGUCUCACUGUGACACCUCAUCCAGUGAUGGAGGAAACAAUGAGGCCCAUGUUCAAACGCCUGCUGGCUAAUGUGGACUGUGUGGAAGGAAACAGCGUCCGCUUUGAGCUUAGAGUCUCAGGAAUCCCAUCUCCUACUCUGAAGUGGAAGAAGGACGGUCAUGCAAUGGAGUUUGGCCCCAAGGUCGUUGUCAUAGAGGAGGACGUUGACUACCAUGUCCUGCACAUCAGAAACACUCUGCUCGAGGACUCUGCUGUGUACCAUGUUACUGCAACCAACUGUGCUGGAUCUAUAAGCUGCCAGGCCACACUGAAGGUGGACCGCCUUACCUAUACCAGGAGGGAGUACAAGAGCGAGGAAGAGAAAUACAUGCACGUACAGAAACAAAUCGAAAAGACCAACAAAAUGGCUCGGAAAAUUGUUGCCACGGAGGAGAUGGUAGCUCUGAACCCCACGGCCCAGGACGCACUCAAGUUUGCUGCAGAGAUGUAUAAGCCUGCGGUGGGCACCAAGAACGUGGAGGGAGAGUUUGACAUCACUGUGCAGAAGUCGGAGACUAAGAAGCUGGAAGAGGAGAGGAGGAUUUUCAUGCCCUAUGAGAUCCCAGAGCCUCAGAUCCAUGAUCCCAAAGCUCUGGACGAGGACAAAACGAUCAAACAGUUUGUGCCUCUUUCCGACAUGAAGUGGUACAGGAAGCUGAGAGACCAGUAUGUUGUUCCAGAGAGGAUGGAGAAGAUUGUGCAGAAGAGGCAGAGACGUAUCCGCCUUUCCAGGUGGGAGCAGUUCUAUGUUGUGCCCCUCCCCAGAAUCACUGACCAGUACAGACCAAGAUGGCGUAUUCCAAAACUCAGUCUGGAUGACCUGGAGACUGUCAGACCCGGCCGCCGUUCACCUUCUCCUGAAUCCGAGGCUUCCUUCAGAUCCAGAAGGAGAUCUCUGGGAGACCUCAGUGACGAAGAGCUGCUGAUGCCCGUGGACGACUACCUCUCCAUGAGGAGAACCGAGGAGGAGAAGACAAUGCUGGAGGACGAACUGGAGCUCGGCUUUUCUGCCUCUCCUUCCGGCAGCCCAGUACGCAUGGAGGUGCGUGAAGAGAGAAGACAUGUGGUCCGUCACGAGGCUGUGGAGGUCACACAGACCAAGAAGAAACGCACUGUUUCUCAGUUCAUGAGGAGGAGGAGAUCUCUGUCUCCCACAUACAUCGAGCUCAUGCGUCCAGUCUCAGAGCUGAUCAGACCAUCUCGUGCUAGGACUGUGGAAGUACAGGGAGAGGUUGUGACGAGGAGAUCCCCCACCCCGGAGAGGACACGCCCCCGAUCUCCCAGCCCAAUCAGGUCCGCCGAGAGGUCGUCCCGCUCUUCCUCCAGGUUUGAACGGACCGCCCGCUUUGACAUCAUGUCCCGCUACGAGGCCAGAAAGACAGCCCUGAAGUCCGAGAGGAAAUACCAGGUGGUUAGCCAGACACCCUUCAGCCUGGACCAUGCUCCCCGUGUGACCGUAAGGAUGCGCUCUCACCGCAUACCCAUCGGCCAAGACACCAAGUUCACCCUGAACAUCCAGUCCAAGCCCAACGCUGAGGUCAAGUGGUUGCACAACGGAAAUGAAAUCUUUGAGAGCAGCAACAAAUAUGUCUUCACCAACAUGAGUGGAGUUCUGUCCAUCGCUAUUCUGGACUGCCAAGCGGAAGACAGUGGAUCAUACCGCUGCGUAUGCUCCAACUCCAAGGGAGAUGCUUCCGACUACGCCACCCUGGAUGUGUCCGGUGGCGGCUACACCACCUUCUGCUCCCGCCGCAGGGAUGAGGAAGUCAUAAAGGGAUUCGUCCCCGAAGUCACCAAGAUCGACCACUAUCACACCACUCACUUCAAAGCUGGCUAUUCUGCCGAGAGCCACUUACAGGUGGAAGAGAGCAAGUCUAAGCUAACGGAGAAACAUGAGGUUACCACACGGGAGAGAUACGCCGCCUCCUCUGAGAGGUACUCCUCCGCUGAGAGGUACGAUUCAUCCAUCAAGUUCGCAGCUGCUGAAUACCUGUCAUCUGAUUCCUCCUACUCGUCAGAGAGGUUCUCCUUGUCUGCGCAACGCACCACAUCUGAAGCUAAAGUGAAGUCAACCUCUGUCGGGGAAAGUGUCGUCCACAAAGUGGCGCCUUCUCUUCCUGCCAGGAUGCUCACCAAGCCCCAGUCUGUGACCGUUUCAGAGGGAGAGUCUGCCAAAUUCACCUUUGAUAUCGACGGAGAGCCUGCACCAACUGUAACGUGGAUGCACGAGAGCCGGACCAUCAUCUCAUCUCACCACGUCCAGGUCACCACCACUCAGUACAAGUCCAGCUUCGAGAUCUCCUCUGUGACCAUCUCCGAUGAGGGCAGUUACACGGUUGUGGUCGAGAACUCGGCCGGCAGGCAGGAGGCUCACUUCACCCUGACCAUCCGCAGACCAGCACCCACAGAGGAAGUCUCUGCAGUCAAAUCCCCCACUCCCAGUGUCAAGUCACCAGAGCCUUCAGUCACAUCACCGGCACCCUCUGCAACCUCCCCCGUGCCCAGCAUCAAGUCCCCUGAGCCUUCAAUUAAAUCACCAACGCCGAGUGUAAAGUCACCAGAACCAAGUGUAACCUCACCUGUCCCGAGUGUGAAAUCCCCGACGCCGAGUGUAAAGUCACCAGAACCAAGAGUAACAUCUCCCGCGCCGAGCGUGAAGUCACCAACGCCGAGUGUAAAGUCACCUGAACCAAGUGUGACAUCUCCCGCUCCGAGCGUGAAGUCACCAACGCCGAGCGUGAAGUCACCUGAACCAAGUGUAACGUCUCCUACUCCAAGUGUGAAGUCCCCAACACCAGGGGUCAAAUCGCCCGAACCUGAGGGGGUUAGGUCACCACGGGGUGUAAAAUCUCCUGAACCCAGGGUUAAGUCACCAACACAAGUCAAGACGCCGGAGAGAGUAAAGUCACCUGAACCAGAGGGAGUUAAAUCACCUUUUGGUGUGAAGUCUCCAGAACCUGCCGGAGUUAAAUCACCUUUUGGUGUGAAGUCUCCAGAACCUGCCGGAGUUAAAUCACGUUUUGGAGCCAAAUCUCCAGAACCAGCAGGAAUUAAAUCACCUUUUGGAGCCAAAUCUCCAGAACCAGCAGGAAUUAAAUCACCUUUUGGAGCCAAAUCUCCAGAACCAGCAGGAAUUAAAUCACCUUUUGGAGCCAAAUCUCCAGAACCAGCAGGAAUUAAAUCACCAAGAGGCCUCAAGUCCCCAGAACCUUCAGGCAUCAAAUCACCAAGAGCCUUGAAGUCCCCUGAACCCGAGGGCAUCAAAUCCCCUCGGGUGAAGUCCCCCCCUCCAAUUAUGUCGCCCAAGAGAGUUGCGUCCCCUCCCACGGUCAAAUCCCCGGUCCCGAAACCUCCUAAAGUCGUGAGUCAAGUGAUGGCCGAGGCCAGCGAGGGCUCAGUCCGGAUGUCCUGCGUCUGCGAGAGCAGCGUCCGGGAGGCGGUGUGGUUCGUCAACGGGAGGAGGCUUUCCCAGAGCAGCCACUUCGAGAUGCACUACUCUGAGGGCUCCUGCAGCCUGCUGAUCCACGACCUGGCCGACAGCGACCAGGGAGAGUACACCUGCGAGAUGACGUCCGAGGGAGGAGUAUCCAAAUCGUCAUUCUCCUUCACCGGACAGGUGUUCCAGUCCAUUCGCAUGAAGGUUACGGCCUACCACGAACAGCAAGUGGCACUUAAAGGAUCGAUGGCGAUGAGUCUUAAGGAGUCUUCACUGUCCUCCGUGAGCUCGUCCAUGAGCUCGUCCAUGAGCUCGUCCAUGAUGAUGAAGAAAGAGAUGCACGCGAUGCAGGAGUCUUCCUCCUUCUCCUCUUCCUCCGCCCAGCAGGCCAUGAUGUCGUCCAUGAUGGAGUCCAGCUCCAUGGGCAGCAUGGCCGCUGAGAUGAAGUUCGAGACCAUGUCCAUGUCCAGUAUGUCCUCUUUGACGUCCGAGACGUACGCCAUGAGCUCCAGCAGUAGCAUGGCGGAGGGUUCAGCGUUCAGAGCGAUCGGUUCUGCCCCCAGGAUCGAGGCUCUGCCGGAGGACAUCAGCAUCGAGCCGGGCAAAGUCCUGACGGUCACCUGCGCCUUCUCCGGAGACGCCAAACUCAUCCAGUGGUCUCGCGGCGGGAAGAACAUCGAGGUGACCGCCGGCGGACGCUUCCACAUCGACACCACGGAGGACCUGACCACGCUCAUCAUCACCGGCGUGAAGGAGGAGGACGCCGGGACGUACACCCUGAAACUGUCCAACGAGCUGGGCUCCGACUCAGCAACCGUCCACAUCAGCAUCCGAUCAGUGUAAAAAAAAAAAAAUCUCAAACCCUAUCGUCCCCUUUUCCCUUCUUCCGUGCCUUUUUAUUUAUUAAUUAAGAAAUAAUCUACUUAAUAACGAUCUGGAUUUCUGUUCUUGUAAAUAUGAACUAUUUUUGUACCAAUCUUGACAUUAAUUUAUGCCAAACUAGACUACAGUCUAACGUUGAUAAAAUGUGCCAUAUUGGAUAACUAUGACUUAGGAUUCUUAAUCCAUUUUUCUGUGACAUGUACAUAAUGUAUAUAGCCGAAUUGAACGGUUAUGGGAAAUGUAUGCAUUGUUAUUUAUGACAAUAAUAGUAACUGAAACAAAAGAAACUGAAUGUGGUCUAACUGGAGAAAGUUCUACUAGGAACGAAUACCCUGUUAGGCUAAGAAACUAAACUCUGUGCCUCAACGACGCGUUGAAGUCUAAAGAUUGCCUCAACAGGUAGAGAGGCUCCCUGUUGACGUUACUGAGACAGAUAUAUAAUAUAUAAGAAUGCACUGCGCUGCAUAGAAACUGAGGCGAGACCCUGAGUGCUGUUUGCAUAUACCCUCAUGUAAGCAGCCCGACUGGGCCUCGCGCUCUGACGGAUUAUGUCAUACCGCCAUUUCGAUGACAUGCUCACAGUGCGGGCGGCUGCACUCCCUGAGCGACUGUUUCUUUUUGUUUUGUGCUCCGGCUCUGCAGGCGACCCCGGCCCGGCUCUCAGUAACAUCGCAUCACGAGAGCAGAGCCCGGCCGGCGCUGGUCUGCAGAGGCGGAGCUGUCUCUCGGAGCGCUGCAGUGUGUGUGUGUGUGUGUGUUAGAUAUUAGCAGUCAGUCAGCGGGCGAGGGGAGGAGUCCCGCUCUUUCUUAGACUGAAGGUAGAGACGUAGGUUUUGCAGCCUCCUUGAGUUUUUCUCCAGUUAUUGAUUUAAUAAAGCAUGAUUAUCAGCACUAA